CUCUAGAGAGGACUAAAUGGCGAGUAGUAGAGGCGGAGGCGAUGACGGUUGCAGCGGUGACGGUGAGGCGGUGGUCUUUUCUGCUCUACCAGAAGGAUGCAUUGCCAACGUCCUCUCCUUGACGACUCCUAAAGAUACUUGUAGAUUAUCGCUGGUAUCGAAGAUGUACCAAUCGGCGGCCGAAUCCGACACCGUUUGGGAAAGGUUCCUGCCGUCUGGUUACGAGACGAUGAUUCCUGAAUCACUGCUGCGUCGCUCAAAGAAAGAGAUCUAUCUCAGUCUCUGCGAUAAUUACAUCCUAAUCGAUGAUGGCGAUAAGAGUUUGUCAUUGGAGAAACGUAGCGGAAAGAAGUGUUACAUGUUGUCUCCGAGAUCUCUCACGAUUAUAUGGGGAUCUACUCCAAAGUACUGGCGGUGGGGUUCUUUUCCUGGGGCCAGAUUUGCAGAAGUUGCGGAGCUUUUGGGUGUGUGUUGGCUUGAAAUUCGUGGUAAGAUCAAAACUCGAUUACUGUCUCCAAAUACGAUGUACGAAAUCUAUCUUGUGUUCCAGUUAAGACCAGACUAUUACGGGUUUGAUAUUAGCCCGUAUUUUAAAGUCGGAGUUGGAGUCUCCGGCGGGUGGAUCCAGGAGAGAAUUGCUUUUCUUGAUGAAGAACAUCAUUUUGGCGAUGGAUGUUACCCAAAUUACCAGAUAGAUUUUGACAACAAAAUGGAGGUUGAGUUGGGUGACUAUUAUCACGUAAGAGAUGGAGACGACGAUGAGGAAUUGGAGAUUUAUGUUUUGGAGACGACGGGAGGCCAUUGGAAAUGUGGAGUUGUUGUUCAUGGGAUCCACAUCAGGCCUAGACAACACCCAGGUGAUUCGGAUUUUGCUUUCAGCGAUUUUGCUCGCGGACGGUUAGUUUCUGAUUAUAACUUGAAGAGAUAGUUUGAAAAAAUAUUUUCAAGUUGUUAUUUUAAUAUUAGAGUGCACAGAUCCAUGACUUGUUUCACCAUGAUGUUUUGGUUCAUUUGUUACUCUCAACUAGCCGCAUCCUGUUG